AUAAAGCAAAAGCAUGCGAAUAGUGCAGUUUAGAGUCUCUCCAGCACCGUACAACAUCUCAACUUUAAAAAUAAAAAAUCUGUCCAUUUCAUUAUUCCUUCCCUCCGCACCCAAGAAACUGCACACAGAAAACAAAUUCCGGCAUAGGAGAAAAAAAACAAGAAACUCUAGAGUUUCAUAAAAGAGAGAAAGAAACAAUGAAGAAGUGCGAGCUAUGCAAGUAUCCUGCGAAAACAUACUGUGAGUUCGACGAGGCCAGCCUCUGUUGGGGCUGCGAUGCUAAAGUUCACGGAGCAAACUUUCUGGUGGCUCGGCACACGCGUACUCUACUUUGCAGGUCCUGCCAAUCUCUCACUCCAUGGAAAGCCUCCGGUUCUAGAUUAGGCUGUAUUGUCUCUGUUUGCGACGUGUGUGCAAAUGAUGCUAAUCGCAAAGAAGAUGAAAAAGAAGAAGAAUCUGAGGCUGCUCUUGAUUCUGUCGGAGAUGGUGAUAAUCAGGUGGUGCCGUGGCCUUCUAGCACCGCGCUACCACCGCCUGCAUCCUCAUCCUCAUCCUCAUCUUCUCGUACGAGCAGUCAACAGUUCUGUGCGAGUGAUACAAUAAAAUCUCUGAAACGAACGCGUGAGGGUCCUACAGAUCUUCGGUACCCGCUUCAGGAAGAUGGAAUGACCGGCGCCGGCGGCGGUGGCAGUGGCGGUGAUGAAGAAGUCAAUUCUGUUGUUGACUAUUCAUUGAAAGAGCGGAGAAUCGAAGCAAAUAACGGAAAAAUUAUAAAAAGAUUCUAGGAAAGCAAUAACGGAAAAAUUCAAGGAAAAAAAUCUGAAGCCGUUGAUGUUAAAGCUUGCAAGAAGAUUAGAGGCCAAAGGAUUUGAGUUGGUUUUUAUGGGUUAUUUAUUAGGUUUGACAUUUUCUAACAAGUUUUAGUGGGUCUAUAAAUAGUUGUGAUUUUUAGUUGAGUUUGACGAUUAGUUAAUUUUGUAAUUAUUAGUUUAGAACUUGGUAGUUCUAGUUUUCUUUUCUUAUUAAAAGUUUAUUUUAAGCUACAUUACUAGGAUAAGAAAUUAUCAUCUUAAUCUUUAUCUACUGCAGCUGGCCUGUGUAACAAGGAUUCUUCGUAUGUAACUUGGCCAAAAACAUUUAUCAAUGCUAAUUAUCUGUUGAUUAUUUUUCUAUAA